GGGGGUUUUUUUUAUCGUCGUAGCACGCAUUGAUCACCGACUCUUUUUCAUCGUUUUCGUCUUUAAGUAUCGGAUCGCAUGAGUUUGAUCUUAGAUAAGUAUGACUGAAAGCUAUAAGAAUGAGGAUAGUAAUGCAGCCAAUGGUGUGAAACCAGGAAGAAAUGGCAUGGUGAAGAAUCAUCAUAAUAAUUGUGAUCAUCAGUAUCAACAGCAGGAUAAGAAGGUUUACCAUGCUGCCUGCAAUGGAGAACAAUACAGCAGGCCGUUCCUCGAGUACUUUGAGGAAACUCCCAUGUUGGUUGCAGUGCUUACGUACAUGGGCUACGGCAUCCUUACAAUCUUUGGAUAUCUGCGAGAUUUCAUGAGGGAGUGGAAAAUAGAAAAAUGCCGUAUAGCCAGUGAAAGGGAAGAGCAAAAGGAUUUUGUUCCACUUUAUCAAGACUUUGAGAAUUUCUACACAAGGAAUUUCUACAUGAGGAUCCGGGACGUCUGCCACAGGCCCGUUUGCAGCGUUCCUGGUGCCAUGUUUGACCUUGUCGAACGAAGUACUAAUGAUUACAACUGGACCUUUGAAUACACUGAAAGAGCGGUGAAGGAUGUGAUAAACCUGGGCUCGUAUAAUUACCUGGGCUUUGCAGAGAACACAGGCCCUUGCGCUGCUGCUGCUGGAGAGGUGACAAUGAAAUUUGGGGUGGGAGUGGCCAGCACCAGGCAAGAAAUGGGUAACCUCGACAGACAUGAAGAAUUGGAGAAGCAAAUGGCCUCAUUCCUGGGUGUUGAGUCAGCCAUGGCUUUCGGCAUGGGCUUUGCAACCAACUCCAUGAACAUUCCUGCAUUAGCUAGCAAGGGAUGUCUAAUUCUCAGUGAUGAGUUGAACCAUGCCUCACUGGUGCUGGGUGCCCGGCUGUCCGGAUCCACCAUCCGGGUCUUUAAACACAACAAUAUGCAGAGCUUGGAGAAGCUGCUUAGAGACGCUAUAGUUCAUGGCCAACCCAGAACACAUCGACCCUGGAAGAAAAUCCUCAUUCUUGUGGAAGGCAUCUUCAGUAUGGAGGGCUCCAUUGUGCGACUCCCAGAAGUUAUAGCCCUGAAGAAGAAGUACAAGGCCUACCUGUACCUGGAUGAGGCUCACAGUAUCGGGGCAUUAGGACCCAAUGGUAGAGGGGUGGUGGAGUAUUUUGGACUGGACCCAAAGGAUGUAGAUAUCAUGAUGGGCACUUUCACAAAGAGCUUCGGAGCUGCUGGCGGUUACAUAGGAGGCAGAAAGGAUUUGAUAGACUACCUAAGAACUCACUCUCACAGUGCAAUUUAUGCCACCUCCAUGUCACCGCCUGUCGUGGAGCAAAUCAUUACUUCUAUGAAGUGCAUUAUGGGACAGGAUGGAACGACAAUAGGUCGUUCACGUAUACAGCGGUUGGCUGAAAACACUGUAUAUUUCCGCAGGAGACUACAGGAGAUGGGAUUCAUCAUCUAUGGCAACAAUGACUCACCUGUGGUACCCAUGAUGCUCUAUAUGCCUGCCAAAAUCGGGGCAUUUAGUCGGGAGAUGUUGAAGAGAAACAUUGGGGUAGUGGUGGUGGGCUUCCCAGCCACGCCAAUCAUAGAGUCCAGAGCCCGCUUCUGUAUCUCCGCUGCCCACUCCAAGGAAAUGCUGGACAUGGUGCUGGAUGUGAUCAGCGAAGCAGGCGACCUGCUGCAGCUGAAGUAUUCACGGCAAAAAGUUGUUCCCUCCUUGGACCGUCCAUUUGACGAGACCACAUACGAGGAGUACGAAGAGUGACAUGUUUCUUCUCUGAACCAAAUGUGCACUGCUCAUCUUCUGCUCUGCAAUUGGAGGCAGUGAACCACUUAAUAAAUAACCUUUUUUUAAUUAUAUAUUAUCUUUAUUUUAACAAUCAUUCUUCAUUCUUUGCCUGCCACAAGAGGCUUUGAGGCCAUAUGUCGCUGCAGCCUUCAAAAUGUUUUUGUGCAGACACAGUGUUUUUUCUUCUAGUCAGUGAGAACAGACAGGUAGCGAACCAAAACCCCCAAGGAUACUGGCCUAUGAGAGGAAUUACUGUUUCUUCUAAUUGCAUUGUCAGUACAUUCACUGUGUUAUCUGAGUCAAACACCAAAAACUCCACAACCUGGCUGCGUAGUUGUUGUUAAUUCCACAGAUUUUGACUUAUGGCCUGCUCUGCUGUCUUACUGCAAUCUGGCUAUAAUUUUUCUUAUGUUACCAGUGUAUAUAUUUUUUCAUCUAGAUAUAAAUCCCAGAGGACAUUGUUGGUUAUGUCUGAGGGCAAUCUAGUGCAUAUUUAUCACAUUUUCACCUCCCGAGAAAACUUGGAUGCUGAUUGUGUUCGAUGUUAUGCACAUUUGUAAGCAGGGCGCUGGUUGUUAUGCAGGAAUGAUUUUUUUUGUAGAACGUUGUUACGUGCUUGUUGGCACAUGUCUUCAGCGAUAUGCAAAACUUUAAUAAACAUGUUUUAAUGGAAACAUGUUUCGGUUCAUAAGUGCAAUCCCAUGAAUAACUAAUAAGAUCGCUCUCUGUCUAGUGAGCUUUGCAAGUUCUUUUGCUUUGUAGAUUUUUAAGCUUCGGCUUUCAACAUUGUUUGUGUAGUAAGUUUGUCAUGCUGUAAUUUCUAAAGUCUUUAAAAACAACCAAAUUCUUUUCAGCUUCAUUUAUAUGUCAGGCUGUAUGUUCACCUUAGUUUAUUCCUUUAUAUGUUUCUUUAAUGUACAUAUUUAUUUAUUAUGCAUGUUCCAUAUGUUUUUUUUUUCCUCUUUUUUUUUUUUUUUAAAUGGAGAAGUGUAGUUUAA